CUGAUCAGCAUCUUGAUGGAGAAAUGUCUCGCUCUGGCAGGACUUCUAGAAGAAGGAGAGAAAGAUUCACAUCCAGGUCCCGUAGGAAAUCUAGAGAGAAUUCCUGGUGCCAAGAGGCUCCUGCUGGAGGAGCUUCCGUCUGUGUUUUGUUGUGAAGGUCCUUCCAUUGUGACCCCCCCUAAGAACAUCUGGAAUGUCACUGGUGCCAAGGUGUACUUGAGCUGUGAGGUCAUCGGAAUCCCAACCCCUGUCCUCAUCUGGAACAAGGUAAAAAAGGACGAUAAUAGAUUUCACAGGACAGAACUCUUGCCUGGUGACCGGGACAACCUGGCCAUUCAGACCCGAGGUGGCCCAGAAAAGCACGAAGUAACUGGCUGGGUGCUGUUAUCUCCACUCAGUAAGGAAGAUGCUGGAGAAUAUGAGUGCCAUGCAUCCAACUCUCAAGGACAAGCUUCAGCAUCAGCAAAAAUUACAGUGGUAGACAGCAUACAUGAAAUACCAGUGACUAAAGGUGAAAGUGCCAAGCUAUAAACCUGAAGAAUAUAUUAGUCUGCAUAGCUAAACAUAGUCAUGGAUAACUACUACCCUGUUCUUGCCUAAUAACCAGUUUCUUUUCAUCCAGUCCACUAACACCUUUGUUAUAUUCACCGACUUUACACAGAGAUAACACAUCAAGACUAUCUACAAAAAUUUAUUACCUGUUUACAGAAGAAAAGCAUGCAUAUCAUCAAACAAAACAAAUAAAAUGCUUUUUGUCACAAUGUAA